AUGAGCCCGCUCUCUCUGCCACCAAACAAGGUCGAGCCUUAUGAGAAGCUUCCGCCGGAAACGCCAGACGUUGCCCAGCGAGCACGAGUCUGCGAUGCUGUUAGACCAUGCACGCUCUGUUGCCGCUCAGGCUUCACUUGCGAGGCUCGCGAGGAUAAUGGUCCUGCCAAGACCAGGAGAACUGCCAACAAGAGGGCUAAGAGAGAGGUCACUCUGCCAGGCUCAGUCUCUCCCGAUUAUAAGAAGAAACAGCUCAGCCUGACACACAAUCCGGCUCGUACCAGUCCACAGUUCCCUCCGUCUCAGUCGCCAGUAGAGCCGUUUCGUUCGCCCGGCACAGCUCACCCUCUACAUGGCAGCUUAAGAGAACGGCAACGGUUUGGCGCCAAUAGCUCAGCCGUGGGUUUUGCUGCUCGUAUAUUUGGGGUCUCGGCGGGAUCACAUUCAGGCGAUAUCUCGAGCAUACCUGGCCAUAUUGGCCGAGAUAAGAUGAGUGAUGCCGGAACUCCCUGGUCCUUGGCGACUAUGCCAUGCCCGCCUUUGCCGCUCCUUGAGGCGCUCGUCGACGUCUACUUUGAUCGGAUGCACUGGUUCACUCUCAUCUUUCACGAACCGACGUUCAGAAGGGCAGCACAAAAUGUUCUCUCGAGGACCUCUUGGUAUCGAAGCGAACUGGGCCAUGUUCUGGCUUGUUUGAUGGUAUCCGCCAUUGGGUUGAAGUCUGUUGCUCGGGAUGCCACCUGGGCUGGACAUGACAUGCUUAGAGAAGCAUCAUUAGAUCCGAUAACACUUAUCGAGGCUCUCAUCAAGGAAAUUCGUUGUCAUCUUUUGGAUCUUCUAGACGACUGCUCCAUCGAGACUGUCCAAGUCUGCAGCCUGCUGGGAACAUACUACAUCUUUCACGCCUCUCCUACUUUGGCAUGGAGUAUACUGGGCAUGUCGGUCCGCACUGCAUACGCUCUCACGCUUCAUUGCGACGGUGACGAAGACAAUAUCAAUGGAAAGGAAGAUGAUCCCGUCAUCGCUCAAGUCCGCCGUCGAAACUGGAAUCACAUCCUCGUUGCGGAUACGUUUGCCGCCAUGAUAUACGGACGACCAGUUUCGCUGGACGCUGCCUUUUCCUACGUCCAGCCUCUGGACCCCAUGGAUGACUUGUCUUUUGGGCCCAAAUUGGCCCAACACCCCCUGUUUGAGCCAAAUUCACCGCGCUCCAUGUCUUCCCUUCCAAUUUCCAAUCAGACCUUCCACAUGUUGAAGUAUUACCUUUACGACAUUGUCCGCGAGGCACUGAAUCGCUUUAGACUCUUGCGUUUGCAAAGCCCCAUAACACCAGAAGAGCUCGUUUCUCUAGUCCAGGCCGUGCAGCAUGUUCGGUCGUUGUUGCAUGCUUGGAGGGCAGAUCUGCCUGCGGUGUUCAACACUAACCCCGCGGCUCAAGAAGCUACUCUAGCGGAAAUCAACAGCAUACCAGACUUGUCCCCUGUGGAGGAGCUCUCGCGGCGACAGCUGUGCCGUCAAAUCAAUGCCUUGAACGUAACAUAUAAUAGCGCCGUCAUAUUCAUCCAUCGCCCCAUCUUGGAGUAUCGACUAACAACAAACUCACCUCAUGCGCUGCCAAGCGAAACCCUCCAGGUCGUCUCCGAAUCAUUGCAUCUGUCUGUCAAUGCAGCACUCGACAUGUCUCGAGUCCCAGUCUCACGUCUUGAAAACCAGUUCGCAAUGUCGUUUGUGCUGAUGAACUUCUUCACUGCCGGCGUCAUUCUCUGUAUCCCGCCCACUACUUGGCCGCUGAGUUCCAUCGCCCAUGAAGCCAAGGCCGGCACUUUACGCAUCAUCCGCGCUAGUCGAGCAAUGAAACACCUUACGCCGAUUGCCUCUCACACUGAGCAACUGCUUACGGGGCUGUUGAAGCGCAGCCUACAACAGGAAGUCGACAACGGACUCCAUCCGGACUUGAGUUUAAGAAGUGACUCUAAUCGCAAUUAUCCAAACGUUGCACCGGCAGAUCAGGCCACAGGAGUUCCACAAGAGGCGCAUUUCCCAAGCCAAGAAGAUGGUGAAAUCCAAAUUAACGGUACGAAUCAGGUGGCUGUCGGAGAACCUAGGUAUUCUCAAACAGAUCGGCAGACGCCCUCUUCAACGGAACAAGUGAGGGUGCUCAACCCUUCUUCGUUCCCCGGUGAACAGACUUGGGACAUGGAGGCAGCCAAUACAGUUCCUCCCAUGAACGCCAUAUACGACGAGAACGGAAACAUUGUCGCGCCCAAUGUCGACCCUCGCCGAGGAGUCAUGGACUAUCAUUACGGCGAACAACGCCAGCAAGUUGACUCGCAAUUGGAUGAAGUUUUUGGUAUAUUUGGACAGAUGCUAUUUAACUUGGUGCCUAAUGACCCCUAUAGUGCUUGGAAUUGGGGCAAUGGUGGAUUUUGA